CUUAACAUCGUUUGAACACCAUACGGAAUUGUCGCUGAAUUGGUUAUUUGAAUAUUCUAUGUUAAGGAGCCAACUUUCCUUUUUCUAGUCGAUGUUUAUUAAGUCCAUGCUCAGCAAUAACUGAUUUUUGUCUAAAAGUAGAGUAGUAGACUCUAGUUUUCCCAAACUUCCUAGGUUUCAGCCCAAACCUCCUGAAUCAAGGUUUCCAGGAGGGAGGCCUGGUUAUCCGAAUCUUGAACAAGUGCCCCAGGUGGUUCUUAUCCAGCAAAUUUGGGACACGGUGGACCAGGUGUUGCUCUUCAGAGUGGUUGGUGGCCAGGCCUUAUCCGCCUCAUCUGCGAGGGAGCGGUCAAGACGGGCAGCGUUUCUGGCCCCAGCUGAGGCCUGUCGCCUCGGAAUGUGCGUUUUAACGAGGUCCCCGGAUGGGGACCCCCAGCUCUAGAGGCCCAGGGAGCCCCCUGGUGGCAGAGCAGGCAUUCAGUGUCAUCGGCCUGUGUUACUCAGCAGAGCUCCUGACCUGCUCCUUCCCAGACUGUUGGGUGACCUCCUCUUGGAGACCCAGCACAGGCCACUGUCUGGAUUUCGGACUGAGCCUGGUGGACUGGUAGAUCCACGUCACGUCUGAAAACUAAUUCGAUGUGAGCCAUCUGUGGUUGGCUCACUUAUUUGGCAUUUGUUUCUAAGGUUUUCAGAAAGGGAUAUGAGGCGCCUGUCCUAAGCUCCAGAGAGCUGCCUUCCACGGAGCCCAGCAGAGGAGCAGACGAACAUGAAGUCCAAUCCUGCCAUCCAGGCUGCCAUUGACCUCACGGCAGGGGCCGCAGGGGGCACAGCCUGCGUCCUGACUGGGCAGCCCUUCGACACCAUGAAAGUGAAGAUGCAGACGUUCCCUGGCCUGUACAGGGGCCUGACCGACUGCUGCCUGAAGACCUACUCCCAGGUGGGCUUCCGGGGCUUCUACAGGGGGACCAGCCCGGCGCUGAUCGCCAACGUCGCCGAGAACUCGGUCCUCUUCAUGUGCUACGGCUUCUGCCAGCAGGUGGUGCGGAAAGUGGUUGGAUUGGACAAGCAGGCAAGGCUGAGUACAGUGUGGUCUGUUGUGAAGAGCAUCCUUAGAAAGGAUGGCCCCUUGGGCUUCUACCAUGGACUCUCGAGCACUUUACUUCGAGAAGUCCCCGGCUAUUUCUUCGUCUUCGGCGGCUAUGAACUGAGCCGAUCGUUUUUUGCAUCCGGGAGAUCAAAAGAUGACCUAGGCCCUGUCUCUUUGAUGGUAAGUGGCGGCAUUGGUGGCAUCUGCCUCUGGCUUGCUGUAUACCCAGUGGAUUGUGUAAAAUCCAGAAUUCAAGUUCUUUCCAUGUCUGGGAAACAGGCAGGAUUUCUCAGAACCUUUAUAAGUGUUGUGAGAAGUGAAGGAAUAACAGCCUUAUAUUCUGGCCUGAAACCUACCAUAAUCCGAGCGUUCCCUGCCAGUGGGGCACUGUUUUUGGCCUACGAACACAGCAGGAGGUUAAUGAUGAGCCAGUUGGAAGCUCACUGAAGUGUUCUGGUGAACCUGGAUCUGAGUGCAGGCAUUUGAGGACUACGUUCAUCUCAGGGUUUCCUGAAGCACAGGACCAGUGUGGAAAUACUUUGAUUUUGUGGGAAUUUUGUUUUGUCUUCCCUUCUUCUGCUUUAAAUCCUAAGCUUUAUGGAAGGAGCCCUAUUUUACAUCAUACGUUUCUGCUCAUAAUGGUACUGAAAUAGGAAAGUUACUGCUCUUCUCCUUGGUGGGACACGGGGUGAGCUGCUGGCCCUCUGUGCCUAAUCUGAAAGGCUGGAUAUAGUUGUACGAGGGCUUUUGCACGACCGUGUGUGUGUACACGCAGCCUGGACGGUUAUGAGUUGUGAGUGAAGCACAACUUGGUUCCCUGUUUAACCUCAAAUCUCACCAGAAAAACCCAGAGGUGUAACUGUGUUUCACAAAGAUGGUUAUAAGUGAUGGCUUAACCCACUCUC